CGACCUACUACAGCAGUCCUAGUUCGGAGCUCAUCGCGCGCGCAACGACUCGCGUGCUGCGAUAUUUUUAUCAUUCCCAUUAUCAAUAGGAUAAUAUCGUCACCACACCGUAUAUCACUAUUACCGUAUACCAAUAUUACCGUAUUACCAAGUGUAAAAAAAUUACCAUGGCGGCGAUGAAAGGGUCGAUCGCGAUGGCCUCGUUGGUCUCGUGGCUGUCGGUGUGCACCAUCGUCCCGUCUGUAGACACUGCUCGAAUAUUGGCCGUCGAAACGGUGGCGGGCAAGAGCCACUGGUACUUCAUGAGUUCGGUGCUCAGGUCGCUGACGGAAGCCGGACACACGGUGACCGUUUUCACACCGUUUCCGGAAGGCAAUCGGACCAACUACACGGAGGUGGACACGUCUCUCGAAUUCCCGAUGAAGCUCGACAUGGACGUGAUGCAGGCGAUCCACGACUUUAGCGACCCGUUCAAGUUGAUCGAUGUCAUGUCGAAAAUGGUCCGAUACUACUGCGACGUGGUCUACGGCAACCGGAAGUUGGCCGACUUGAUAGCUUCCGGGGUGCGCGACCGGUACGACCUACUCAUAAUCGAGCCGCUCGGCUUCGACUGCGUUUCGUACCUGGCCGACGCGCUCGGCCUGCCGGUGAUCUACUCGAUUCCGUCGCCGAUGAUCACCUUCUCGGAGCGACUGUUCACCGGUCACCUGUCCAACCCGGCUUCCGUUUCCAACAUGUUGGCCGACCACGCCGUGCCCGGCACGUUCGUCCAGAGGUUGACCAAC